GUGGCGGUGGGAGGGCCUCUCGCGCUGGGGUUCCAGCACCGGGCUGCUUGCUGUCGUGUAGGCUGGAGCGUCCUGUCCGCCUCCUGUCCGUUUCCCUCUCUGCUGAAGGGUGCCAGGCGCGGGCCUCCACUGUCCCUCGGCCCCUGGAUGCGGAUACAGGGGUCUCGGCAGAGCCACAGCUUCCAGGUACGGGGCCCAGACCCUGUGGAGCCUGAGAUGGAGACGUCUGGGGACCCGUUCCCCAGUGACUGGAGCCCGCCGCCCAUUGAGUUCCUCAGUCCCUGGCCUCCACAGACCCAAGAGAGGACACUGGCUGAGGGGUCAGAGCUGCAGCCCACAGAUGUGGACCUGAAGGAGGGGCCGUCCUCCCCGGAGGAGCCAUGCUGCAGCAGGGCCAGCCCGAGCCAGCUGGUGGCCAGCCCAGAGCCCGGCACCUAUGUCUCGUAUGGCCCCAGGGGCUCCAAGAACUACAUCAACUCCUUAGAUUCCUUACUGCGGGAGAAGAGGGAGCAAGCCCCGGAGCAGGAUCUAGAGAGGCUGCUGCUACAGGACUCCCGAGAUCUCCGAUGCUCAGAAGACAGCGAAGAUGAAGAUGCACUGCUCACACCCGAGCAUAGGCUGCUGGUGGAGAAGUUCGCUGUGUCGCUACAGGACAUCCCACAGGUGCACCCCGGCGAGAUUGUGUUCCUGCCCCGGCAGCAUCCACUGCCCUGCUUCCUGGACACCUCUCAGCUGAAGCCACGAAGUGCCCUGGAAGAGCUGUUCCUCAGCGCCCCGCCAUCCCAGCAGCUGUUCUUCCUGCGCAGCGGUCUCCUGAGCAACCUCUACCUCCACUCCACUGCCCCCUGCCCUGUGCCUGUGCUGCAGUGGCUGCUGAAGCUGCUAACAUGGCCUCCAGACACUUCUUCGAGGGCCUUUGGUCUCCUGUGGGAUCUCAGUAUGGAUGAGCUCUUCUGCCAGUCUGGUGACAGCCACAGCUGUGGAGGACUUGGACCCCAGGUUGGCCAGGGCUCCCCACUGGCCCCCGCUGGCCCCGCAGAAGAGGAUGUGCGGCCCUGGUGCCCCUUGGUGCAGGAUGUGACAGAGUUGUUCCAGAGCCUGGGGGCCCACAGCCCCGCCGUGUGCCCGCUGGGGCCCUGCAGCAGGAUGCCAGAACAGGAGGACAGGGAGCAGCAGGACCCACCCCAGGAGGUGGCCCUGGAGGCAAGCCUGAACUACAUCUACAAGUUCCUGACGCUGUGUGUCUAUUCCCGGCCCGGGAUCUACACUGAUGCCAGCCUCCUGGGCCUCAUCGAGCUUCUGUGUCGCACCAGUCUGGAUGUGGGGCUCCGCCUGCUGCCCAAAACUGACCUCCAGCAACUUCUGCUGCAGCUGCUGGAGUGCAUCCGAGAGUGGCCCGGCAAGCUGCAGCGCCUGUGCCGCACCAUCAGCUGGGUGUCCGACCACCACCACAACCUGCUGGCCAUUGUGCAGCUUUUCCUGGAUGUGACCCCCCGGGCCAGGAAGCUUCGAAACCAGCUCAGCCUCGUAGUCAUUGCCCGGCUGUUGGGCCAGGAAGAGGUACUCCCUCUCUGGAAAGAGAAGAGCCAGCUGCCCUUGCUCAGCUGGCUCCUGGGCCUCAUGAGACCUUCUGCUCUCAGGCAGCACCUGGGCUGUGAGCAUCGGCCGCCCUGCCUUGAGCAGCAGCCCAAGGCCAGUGCAGAGCUGGACCAGAAGGACCCUGGGGAGACUGAGGCCAGAGUCAGCUCAGCCUGAGAUGACCUAGCAUGAAGAAAAUGGCUAUUUUCCCAGCCCUGGGGGCUGCCAUGUGGAGCCGCCUGCCCAUCCCCUGUCAUCACUCCCUCCUGUCUGGGAGAUUUCCUGCCCCAAACUGCAGGUCACAGGCCUCCUCCAGCCCUGCAAAUAAACACUCCCUGGGUCUUCUGUCUGGGCUCAGUCUCUCCACCUCUCUCUCUGCCUCAGGUGCUGGCCUAGCCUCCUCCCUCCCUCUAGGAAGAGGUCCAAGGCACCCAGUGGCUUUGCCUGUAUCCCUUAUUGGACCACAAGCACAGCUGGACCAUGGGCACAGCUGUGUCCCUCAGCUUUGUGUUCUGCUCUUGCCGAUGGAUGGAUGGGUAGAUGAAUGGGUAAAUGGAUGAGUGAAUUGUCCUCCCUCCUCUCUGCUUUCUGUACCCCAUUCUGGCCAUCUGUCUUCUUGCCCCCAUUCUGGAAACCACCCUCCCUCUGCAGCUCCCUGGUCUCAUAAGCCCCUUAUGUCAUUAAGCCCACAAGAGUGUUGGGCACAGGCUCCUGUGGAGCCCUGGACUUUGGAAGUUACCUGUGUGGCAAGGGAACCAAUCACAGGGCAUUGUUGGUAAUUAUAAGUUAGGAGGUGUCUGCCUGGGAAAGCUAACUACCCAGUCCUUGAACAAAAGAGGCAAUGGGGCUGGCUCAGCUCCGUGUAGGGGCGGGAAGCAGGCAGCAGAGCUGCAGAGGAAGUGGGGGCAGGCGGGUUCCUGACCAGGCAGGGUCCUGUCCUGGCUGGGUCAGAGUCACCUAGCAAAGCACUGCAGAGCUUGUGUGGAAGAUAAGAGCUUCCAGUAACUUCUGCUUCCCAGGAAGCUGAUUAAAGCACUUGUAGCAUUUUGAAGUGCUGAGCCAGCUGGUUGCAUGCACUGGCAUGCACUGGAGUCCCAGCUACCGGGAGGCUGAGGCUGGAGUUGGAGGCCAGCUCAAAAAGAGAGAAGGAAGAAAAGAAGGGAGGGAGGGCAAGCGGAUGCCCUUGGUGGUUGAUGAUGGCCCUGGGCUUGCCUGGCUAGAGCUGGGGUCACACAGAGAGAUGAACAUCUGGGAAGGAGGAAGCUUAGCAUCUGGUGCCACUCAGUGAGAGCCAGGUGGGAGGGGACUCUGCAGAGAGGAGCCUGGUGCACUGAGGCCUGCCAUCCCCCCAGCUUCCCUUGGGCCUGGGCACCUUCUGCAAAAGACAGUGCCUUCCCCCCCUGUGUUUGACACUUUCCUCUUGGCCUCAGGCACACAACAGUUGCAUAAUUUGACUCCAGAAACUUAUUUUUUUGGCAGUACUGGGCAUUGAACCUGGAGCCUUGUACUGCACUAUGCCCCAAGCCUUUUAAUUAAUUAAUUUGUUUGUUUGUUUUGAGACAGAGUCUCUCUAUGUACUCCAGGCUGACCUUGAACUCACUAGCCCAGGCCAGCCUUGAACUUGCAGUGAUCCUUCUGCCUUGCCUCUUGAUUAAAUAGGAUUACAAACACGUACCACUGUGCCUGGCUAACUUGAGUCAUUUCACCUCCAUGUCCCCUGGGCACCAGCUCAGCCCCUUCAGCCCAGAAUGAAUGUUUCCUAGGUGCCUCGCUUCCUUUUACCUGACAGUGUAAACUGUGUGUGGCUGUAUUUGGUCCCAUCCAUCUCAUAUUGUGUUUCUGUUUGUCACACUUAC